AGUUUGUUGUCAUGACGACGCCUAACUAACACGCCUGCUGGAGUAUCAACGCGUUUAAAACGCUGUUAUGCUUUGAUUUGACGCGAAAGUGCCGCUUGUACAAAUCAGAAGAUUGUACAAAUGUGCGCGAGUUGACUUUGUUUUGGUAUUUGAGCUCCUUGCGGUCGGAAUAUGUCGGAAGUGCACAAAGACAAAGCUGUCAAAAGAGACAAGAAGACCAGCAAGGUGCCUUCGGAGGGAAGUCACGGGGUCAAACACACGGCCGGCAAGACCAAGGACUCUUUAAGCAACGUGUCCUGCAUCGAUGAACAUCACGAUGAGCGGAUGGUGGUCACGCUUGAGAACACCUACCAGCUAGGCCCUCGCAAACGCUUCCCUGCCCCUGCUGUUGUGGAAAUCCUCAAGGAUGUGCUCGCAAGCUACCUCCAAGAGGAGAAAUACGAAGUGGAAUGGGCACGGCAAAUGGCCAAAACCGUAUGCGAGGUGAUACGAGCCCGUGUCAAGGAGCUCAUGAUCCGCAGGUACAAGGUGGUGGUCUCGGUUCACGUCGGGCAGCUGGCCGGGCAGAGCAUGCAGAUCAGCAGCCGCUGUCUGUGGGACCCGUCCAACGACACCUUUGCGUCGUGGUCUUUGAAGAACACGUCUCUGUAUGGAGUGGCCAGCGUCUAUGCCGUUUACUUUGAAAAUCUGUGACGGUCGCACGACAAACCGAUGAAUCCCCGGGUCAACUAGCGGAGCGCGCAGAGGUCAGUCCUCCGACGGCCGAUCUGACAG